AUGGUUGCCAAAAUCGCCCUGAAUGAGUCAAAGACUGAAGGCCAGGGCAGCCAAAAAUUUACCUACACCAUUCCAUCUGCGGUUGCUCAUGCUGCCAAAAUCGUUGCUGAAGCUUCUCCUCAAUCUCCGCCUAGCUUUCAUGGUGUGGAUAUUGCAGAAAUCCGGCGCAAAUAUCGGCCCCAGCGGAACGACACCAACAGGCCAGCCCAGAAGUACGCGCAGUCCAAUGGACUAGACGGAUAUGUGCAUGCUCAAGCUCCCAUGGAAUCUGCUCUGGCUUCGGACUCCGGUGCCGACGAGUCCCAACUGACCAAGCGAUCGUCCGCGGACUUCUGGCUCACAAUAAUUACCCAGAGAGGCUCCAGUCCAUACGCACAAGAAGGAUAUAAGGUCUGGAGAAAUGUUAAAGAAUACGGUGCCAAAGGUGACGGCGUCACCGACGACACUGCCGCCAUCAAUCUUGCCGUCUCUGAUGGAGGGCGAUGCGGAGCUGAUUGUGGCUCCAGUACUAUCUACCCGGCCUUUGUGUAUUUCCCCCCUAGCAGGGAUCUGGUGAGCUCGCCAAUUAUCCAAUACUUCAACACGGAGUUCUUCGGAAAUCCCUUUGAUUACCCCACAAUCUUGGCUGCGUCCAGCUUUGUCGGUCUUGGCGUUAUCACCUCCGACGUCUUUACUGGGGACAGUACUGAGUGGUACAUCAUUACCAACAACUUCCUUCGAUCAGUUCGAAACUUCAACGUUGAUGUCAUGAGAACACCACAGAAUGCCUAUGUAUGUGGAAUCCAUUGGCAAGUGGCGCAAGGAACAUCGCUCGAGAAUAUGGUCUUCUAUAUGUCGCAAGAUGAGGCAACUACCCAACAAUUGAGCAUUAGCAGUCUUAAGUUACAGCCAAAGAAUCUGUAUCUUAAUUUUUCCUCAGGGAGUAUACAUGGAAAACGACAGUGGUGGCUUCAUUACCAACUUGACAUUCGUUGGUGGCAACUUUGGGUAAUCCCCCCUCCAGAACCCACAGCCUGCUUGCGACUAAGACUUCAAAGAGCAUACUUUGGCAAUCAACAGUUCACCACGUCCGAAGUUACGUUUAUUAACGCAAAGAACGCCUUUCAGGUUCAUUGGGACUGGGCCUGGACUAUGCAAGACGUGAUUAUCGAGAACUGUGUCAAUGGCCUGGUGAUUGUUGGCGGAGCCGGCGGUAGCAUGAGAACUGGACAAUCCGUUGGCUCACUGAUCUUAAUGGAUGCUCUGAUCAUCAAUACGACAAACGGAAUCGUGACAUCCUUGUUCGCGGAAAAUUCGACCUCUUUCCUCUUGCAAAACUCUGUUUCCAGAGACGUGACCACCGCCGUUCUCGAUAGUGCUCAGGGUCAAGAGAUUCUAGUGGGCGGGGCUGCUUUCGGGGUUGAAUCGUGGGGCUUUGGUCGCGUCGCUACCUCUAGUACUAACAGCACAUUCUACAACGGUCAGGAUAUCCCCGUCAUGGAGAGACCUGUGUCGUUGACGUACAUGGGAUAUGACAAGCCCAAUUUCUUCCAGCAUCGUCGACCUGCUUACACCAAAAUUGGAAACACUCAGAUUAUCGACGUGAAAGAAUGGGGUGCUGCUGGAGAUGGCACAACGAAUGAUAGGCCAGUUCUGAACAGCAUCCUGGACCGCGCUGCGAACCUUUCCGCCAUUGUCUUUAUCCCGUAUGUUGGCCAAGCUGGCGAUGUGGGAAUCAUCGAGAUUCAGAGUCUGCUUUUCACGGUCUCUGAUCCUACUGCUGGCGCUGUGUUAGUGGAGUGGAAUGUCCACCAAUACACUCAAGGCUCAGCUGCCAUGUGGGACUCUCAUAUCCGAGUUGGCGGUGCAAAAGUAUCUUCUCUGCAAACCUCUCAGUGCGACAAGAGCGAUAUCGCAGUUAAUUCAGCCUGCGUUGCAGCAUCGUUGCUUCUACAUAUAACUUCUCAGUCCUCGGCCUAUCUUGAGAAUAUCUGGGCGUGGACCGCCGACCAUGACCUUGAUACAACAGCCCAAGAACAAAUCAAUGUUUACUCCGGACGAGGCAUUCUGGUGGAGAGCCAAGGCCCAACGUGGUUGUACGGCACCUCCUCUGAGCACAACGUUCUCUACCAAUAUCAAGUGUCCAAGGCCAAGGAUCUCUACAUGGGCAUGAUCCAGACCGAAUCUCCAUACUUCCAACACACUCCUCACGCUCCCCAGCCGUUCAUAACGGGUCUAUUUUCCAACGACCCAGUCUUCGCAGAUUGUGAUUCCUCCUCGGCCAACUGCUUUGCCUCCUGGGCUCUUCGGAUCAUCGACUCUUCCUCUGUUCAUAUAAUGGGCACAGUCUUGGAAGCUACAAAGAAAUACUGUCUUGGUACUAUCAUGGAUUUCACUACCGUGGAAAGCGCGAAGGACAUGUCAACUGAUGAGUUGUGCUCGCACUGCUACACCACCAUGCUCGAAAUGAGACAGACCAGUAUCUACAGCAGCUACACGGAGUCCGACAAAGAAACCCUCGAGCUGAUUCAAUCAACAUGCGGCCUGACUGGACCCACCGAGCUGCACGAUCCGCCUUAUACUGUGACGCCAGCCCCGGACCCCGUUUGUGUCUCAAACACCACCUACACAACCCAGUCUGGAGAUACCUGCGACAAGCUAGCAAAGCAUUAUUCCGUCGCUUCAGCCGCAAUCCUCUAUGCCAACCCAACUAUCCUUGGAAACUGUUCUGAUCUGCCAGCCAGUCGCGAUAUCUGCAUGCCCCUGAGCUGUGACACGCAAUACACGCUCCAAGAUGACGACAACUGCUGGCAACUCGAGUAUGACUAUGGGCUCGCUCCAGACUCCAUUCGCCAAUUCAACCCCUGGCUUGAUUCGGACUGUCUGAACAUGCAAGGCGCCCGCGAAAUUCUCGGCGGCAUCCUUUGCCUUUCUCCCCAGGGCGAUACCUAUAAUACAACUGGUGACGGCAUCACAACAGCUUCUGGAAAUGGAGGUUAUGCACAAGGCGUGGUUACACCACCUGCGAACUCUACUGUUGCACCUGGAACUACGACGAAAUGCGAUCGGUGGUACUCCGCAACGGCUGAUGAUUUAUGCGUCCAGAUCUGCUUGAAGUCUGAAAUUUCGGCGAAGCUUUUCAAGGCGGCGAAACCUUCUCUGACUGUGACAAUAACUUGGUUGCUGGUGAUGCUUAUUGCGUUGGGCCGGUUCCUCACUGGAAUGAAACUGCGUACUGGACUGAGACUGCUACUGCCAGUUGUAGGGCUGUCUAUCCCAUGGGGGUAA